GAAGAGAGAGAGAGAGAGAGAGAGAGAGAGAGAGAGUAAAAUACGUUGACAGCAAAGCUUUUGUUCAAAAGUUUAGAAAAGCUCCAAUUGGGAAGAAAAAAGGAAGAGCAUAAUGUUGGAUGAUCACAUUCACGCGUAAACUCACACACACACAAAAGCAGUCUCACCACUACCAUCAAGCAUUUCGCUUCCUUUUCGCUGCUCCUCAAUCGCCGUUAGGGUUUCCAAUCCCUUCACUUCCCCGCAUAAAGCAAUUCACUCGAGCACAUGAAAUUGGGUCCUUUUGGAGCUGCGGAAGCAUUCAUGCUUGUCAGUUUUUAGUUGUUGAACCGAGAGUUUGUUAUGUGGACCGUUCAGAGAGUAGUAUAAAAUAACAGAUGUGAUAGUUGAAUUUGAGGAGAAAUGGAGUCACUGAGGCGCUUGUUUUGCAAGUUCCGUUCAAAAGAUAAACAUAAGUCUUCGAAGAAAGAGUUUACAAGCAAUGGGAGAGAAGGCUCAAAGGCAACAACAUCCGAGGAAGCUCCUUCAAAUGCUACCAAGCAAAAGGUUGCAGCUGCUAAGCAGUAUAUAGAAAAGCAUUACAAGGAGCAGAUGAAGAGCUUGGAGGAGAGGAAGGAGCGGCGUAAUAUGCUUGAAAAGAAAUUGGCUGAUGCUGAGGUCUCUGAGGAAGAACAAAACAAUUUACUUAAGUAUUUGGAGAAGAAGGAAACAGAGUAUAUGCGCAUUCAGAGGCAUAAAAUGGGUGCUGACGAUUUUGAACCAUUGACAAUGAUAGGAAAGGGUGCAUUUGGGGAGGUUAGAGUAUGCAAAGAAAAGAAAACUGGCCAUGUAUAUGCUAUGAAAAAGCUUAAAAAGUCAGAAAUGCUUCGCAGAGGCCAGGUUGAACAUGUGAAAGCAGAAAGAAAUCUACUUGCGGAAGUUGACAGCAAUUGCAUUGUCAAACUUUACUGCUCCUUCCAAGAUGAAGAGUAUCUUUAUCUGAUUAUGGAAUACUUACCUGGGGGAGACAUGAUGACUUUGUUGAUGCGGAAGGAUACACUUACUGAAGACGAGGCUAGGUUUUACGUAGGGGAAACAGUACUUGCUAUUGAGUCAAUCCAUAAGCAUAAUUACAUUCAUAGAGAUAUCAAGCCUGACAACUUGCUGCUUGAUAGAUAUGGCCAUAUGAAAUUGUCAGAUUUCGGACUAUGUAAGCCUCUGGACUGCAGUAAUCUACAUGAGAAGGAUUUUUCUGUGGGAAGCAACCUCAGUGGUGCUCUUCAAAGUGAUGGGCGUCCUGCUGCUCCAAAGCGCACUCAACAAGAGCAACUGCAGCAUUGGCAAAGGAACAGAAGGAUGCUUGCUUAUUCUACUGUUGGUACACCUGAUUAUAUUGCUCCAGAAGUUUUACUGAAGAAAGGAUAUGGAAUGGAAUGCGAUUGGUGGUCUCUUGGUGCUAUCAUGUAUGAAAUGCUUGUGGGAUAUCCACCUUUUUAUUCAGAUGAACCCAUGUCCACUUGUCGAAAGAUAGUGAACUGGAGAACUCAUUUAAAAUUUCCUGAAGAGGCAAAGCUUUCUCCUGAAGCAAAGGAUCUUAUUAGUAAACUAUUAUGUAAUGUUGAUCAAAGGCUUGGAACAAAAGGCGCAUAUGAAAUAAAGGCUCACUCAUGGUUCAAAGGUAUCGAAUGGGAGAAAUUAUAUCAGAUGAAAGCUGCAUUUAUUCCCGAAGUCAAUGAUGAGUUGGACACUCAGAACUUUGAGAAAUUUGAAGAGGUGGAUAACCAAGUUCCAACUUCGGCAAGAUCAGGUCCAUGGAGGAAGAUGCUCUCCUCUAAGGACGUCAAUUUUGUGGGCUACACCUAUAAGAACUUUGAAAUUGUAAAUGAUCAUGAAGUACCUGGCAUCGCUGAAUUGAAGAAGAAGAGCAACAAACCUAAGAGGCCCACAGUAAAAUCCCUUUUUGAUAAUGACUCAGAGACUGCUAUGAACCAACCAGCUCAAGGAAGCUUUCUCAACCUCUUGCCUCCGCGACUAGACGUUUCAAAACAAAGUGAACCUGUGUAAGCCUCACUUAAUUGUGUAUGAACCCGACGGGCCAGAGUCAUUCAUCUCUUCAACUGGACAGCUUUUUGUUUCACUGCUGCUUGCAAUUUGGCACAUUCAAGCGUGUGAGGAUAUACCCAUCGGUUAACUUGUACCUUGGUCUUGUAAAUUAGUAUAUCACAGUAUAUAGAAUAUUCUUUUACUUUUUAUAGUUGGUGUGUAUUUCUUCCCCCUUUGUCAAGCAUCAGAAAAAAAUGUGUGCAAUACCCAUUGUUGUUUCUCAUGUUUACUAUCUCAAAACCAGGAUUCAUGAUAACAACCCCAAAAUUUAAUUUAAGAGCUUUGAUCUUCGAGUUU